AGAGAAGCUGGUUCGUUUUGUCGAUGAUUUUAAAGUAUGUAGACGAGAGAACUUGUAAUUUCUUCUUUCUCAUUUCAUCCAUAUUAUUAUUUUAGGCUAGAUUUCACCAACAUUUUUUUUAAAUUUGGUGUAUUGGAAACCUUUGGACAUCUUUAGUAGCGUCAAUGACCAUUUAUUUCCUCUCUACCUGCUAAGAACCUCCCAAAUCUAUCAUGAGCAGCUCGACUCAGAGGAAGAGACGGACGACUUCCACUUCAGGUUCACGACGCAAGAGCAAAAGAAGCAGGACACAAAUGUCUCAAGCCUCGGUAGAGACCAUUGACGUUCUAGAAAGCGAUAGAUUAAGCAGUGAAGAGGUAGUAGACUUAACCUGUGAAGGAUCUGAGCCAGCUGUGGUUGAUCUCACAAACAAUGAUUCCGUGGUGGUUGUGGAUGAUGGUACACAGAGCAGACGUAUGCAGGGCACAGAGAGUUAUGUGCUGAGUAGCGAUGAUGAGGAAGAGCCGAGUCAGAGUCUCAAUCCAGCUCUUCUGUCAUCGUUACAUGCAAGUGCAAGAGCCAGGUCUACACCUGGAGCAGUUAGCUGCCCUGUGUGCAUGGAUGCUUAUGCAGAGAUCAUCGAGAGUGGACGGCUUAUGGUCUCUACCAAGUGUGGCCACCUGUUCUGCAGCCAGUGCAUCCGUGACUCCCUCGCCCGGGCGCACAACUGCCCCACGUGCAGGAAGAAACUUACUUAUAAACAGUAUCACCCUAUCUAUAUCUGAGACAGAAAGGGAUGUCACGGUUUCUUUGUCCUGCAUAACCAGACGGUUUAUCCGUCUCUGACAAAUUCUUUCCUUAAAGCUGGCAUGGUACAUCACCUGAGCUUCUACGCAUCAUGCAUUUGUGGGCUUAUGUCCACAAAGAUCAAAUCUGACCAUGGACCUGAAAGCAGUUAAGUCCUUUUGUAAAGUAUUGCUUUUAAUGGUACAUUCACACUAAAAUAUUGGUGGCGUGAUGUGCUUUAACUGUAUUUUACAGGAAUCUCUAGACAGAGUGCAUCUUGUGUAUAGUUCUUAGGACAAAGUAAAAUUAAUGCUUAAUGAAAUAUUCGGUGCACUCUGCUGCUUACUGCCCAGAUCAUUGUCCCUAUGACGUGUAACAGCUCAACAGUUUCACCUUCAGACCGAAUGACUUUGCCAACUGCUUUUAGGUUAUGUGAUUGCAAUUUAUUGUAAAAGCUGUGUGCAAUUGAUUUUUUUUAUUUUUUUUUUGUUCCAUGAAUCCAUUCACUGUAAAUAUUUGUAUGUAUGACUGUACAAAGAUCUAGUAAGUUAACAGUAAGGAAUGUGUAGAUUCUAAGCUUAUUCCAAUAAAUGGUCGUAAUGCCGUCAGUUCACUUGUUUAGAAAAAUUACUGGUGAGCUGAGGAGAGAUCACAA